AUGGUGACGGCACAAGAGGCGACAAGAGACAAGACAGGCCCCGUUAGUAGGUACAAGUCAGUGCGCCGAGAAGAGCGUGGGGCCGCUGGUGCCCCUCCAUCAGCAGAUGUCGCGGCCUUGUCGUCGUGGAUUCUGGAUUCUGCAGCACCCGCAACGCAACACCCCGGCCGCCAGCUGCCAGCUGCCAGCUGCCAGCCCGUAUCUACUAUAAUCAUCGACACGGGUUCCCUGUUUGCGCCGUCUCGCUUCCUCGCAUCGCAGUUUGCCUCGCACAUUAUCUCCUUGCCGGAAUUGUUUCAUUCCCCUUCAUCUCUUCCUCCUUGCUUCAUAGCCUACCUAUGCCAUUGCUCUCAGCCUUGCUUCCUACACCUCCUCGUCCCCCGCCAAACCUUAUUCUCAUCCAGCCUAUUUCUCAACAGCAGCCUCGAUCCGGCCAGCGUCGCACGCGCCGAAACGUCGCCUCCGUCAUCGAUACCACCGACCUCAAUUGCUUUUGCUUCGUCCAUCUUUUUUCUUCACUUUCUUCAUCCUCAAUUGCCAGUCUCCGCCGCCGGAACCCCCGAGCCUGGACGCACACCCCGGCAGUGGCAGGCACCCAAACUCCGCCCAUGUCCCAGAGCUCGUUUUCCUCUUGCGGACCUCACGGCUACGGAGACAAGCGAUCUACACCUGGUCGGGGACCAAGACCGACGCUCGCGACUAGACGCCAAAUCGCCUUCAUUCGAAGAAAAUGGCUCCGAGUCUCUCAGUCCAAUCGUUAGUCGACGUCCAACUUCGAAGCAUUCGCGCAGCGCCGGUCCGCCUGUCAGCAAAGACAGCCAGUCGACCAAGAACACAUUAAAACCCAGUACCUCAAUCCAAGGCCACGGCUCUGGCUUGGACCCUCUCAGCACACAAAUAUACCUCCGAACAAAUAGCAGUACCGAACCCACCAUUGCGCAACGCCUGCUAAGUGCUGGCAGACCCGACAGCCCGACCCCCGACAGCAUCAGCCGCCCCAGCCACGACUCAACCCCCAGUGCUCGUCCGGACAGUAUCAAGGAUCGCAAGAAGGGCCCGUCGUUUCUAAGCCGCCUGUCUAUCCGUGGACCUUUCCGAAAGGAGGAUGAUGCCGACUCCGACUCGGAGUUCGGCGACCAUGCUCGCACCGAUGGAUCCAAUGCCCGAGCCCUUACCAUGGUCAUGGGUGCCGGAGGCGGUUACCUACCGCUACACAAGGAACCGCCCCGCGCCAAGAAAGCCGACGGCCGCUCCAAACAUGUGCCUGCCACAGUCGUCGGCAGCAAGAUUCUCAAAGGAGGCAAUGCUAUCUGGGCGGCUGAAUUCAGCGUUGACGGUCGCUACCUCGCAGUUGCCGGCAUGGACCAUGUCGUCCGCGUGUACGCCGUUCUCUCGACACCCGAGGAACGAAACGCAUAUGAAGAAGAGCAGGAGCAGGACGAGGAGGAGAAAGAGAGUCGUUCCAAGAAUGAACGGCUAAGCGCGCCCGUCUUCCGCAGCAAACCUAUACGCGAAUUCGAAGGCCACUCCGGAGAAGUCCUCGCUUUGAGCUGGAGCAAAAAUAACUUUUUGCUAUCUUCCUCCAUGGACAAGACGGUGCAGUUGUGGCACCUAAGUCGGCCAGAGAGUUUAUGCACUUUCAAGCACGAUGAUCUUGUGACAUCGAUUACAUUUCACCCCACAGACGACCGCUUCUUCCUGGCUGGAUCCUUGGACGAGCAACUGCGACUAUGGAGCAUUCCCGACAAAGCUGUCGCCUUUUCGGCUCCAACAGGCGAAUUCAUUACGGCUGUGGCGUUUACUCCAAAUGGCAAGACGGCCAUCUGCGGUCUUCUCAGUGGCAUUUGCAUAUUUUUUGAGACGGAGGGGUUAAAGAAUCCCUGGCAAAUCCAUGUCCGCUCAUCACGCGGCAAAAAUGCCAAAGGCAGCAAGAUUACCGGUAUUCGCACCAAGACGAUUUCUGCUCACGGGUCCCCGCAGGCAGAUGUCAAGGUUCUGAUCAGCUCCAACGACUCGCGCGUGCGUAUCUACAGCUUAAAGACGCGCAUGCUCGAGGCCAAGUUUAAAGGCCACGAAAAUAUGUCAAGUCAGAUCCACGCCAGGUUCAGUGACGACGGCCAAUUCGUGACUUCGGGCAGCGAGGAUCGCAAAGCGUACAUAUGGGAUAUUUCGCGCCCCGACCUCGAGAUCCGCGACAAACAGCCUUAUGAGUCCUUUGACGCGCAUCCCGAAGUGGUGACUGUGGCUCUCAUGGCGCCGACUGCGACGAAGCAACUUUUGAGCGCUUCUGGCGAUCCAAUUUACGAUCUGUGCAACCCCCCACCGGUGACGCUGAUGAGCUUGAGCGAAGCCACAGUCAGCCAGAGCGCCCUUUCCGAAGUGACGUAUUCGGAUGUGCCGGGAAGCGUCAAGAAGCCGGCCGAGAGUCCUGCUUACCUCGAACGGUCAAAGCACAAACAUGGCAACAUUAUUAUUACUGCCGAUCGAAAAGGUAUCAUUAAAGUCUUUAGGCAAGACUGUGCGGCUGUAAAGCGGCACCAAAGUCUGUGGGAAACGGGGUCCAAGUUUUCAGGCAAGGUCGCUGGCGUCGGCCGCAGCUCCAGCUUGGCGACGAGGACAAGCGCUGGCAGUCGUGUUCAUUCUCGACGUGGAUCUCUCAGCACGACUGGGAACGUGGUGCCGAAUCAGGGUACUUCGGACAGAAUCAUGAGCUGGCGGCAGGAUAUUGAAGGCGGGCGAAGCUUGACUGCAACACCGAACGCACCAAGCGAACGUUCAGUCUCGCCAUCUAGAAGCGUCGUCCGAACCCCGAAUGCUUCAGUCUCUAAUCUAGCCUCGGAAGCCAGAAGGCAGCCGUACGCUGCCACGUCGCCGUCGCGGAAGAGGAGCAACAGCAACCUGCUGAAGCGCGGCCAAACGCCGUCUACCAAUCUGGAUCCUGUCAAGGCUGGUACUAAGAGCAAGAACCAGAAUAAGGAUCAGAACAAGGGCCCCACCGUUCUCCCGACACCAAGCUUUAGCCUGGUGAGCACCAUGGAGGCUGACGUCCCGGACGAUGCUCGCGACGGCAGCUUCUGGAACCUCAGCCGCUGGCGGGGAGGCAUUUCCGGCCUGCGCAACGUAACCACGGUGGGCGACAAGCCGAGCACCGGUUCGCGUCGGGACAGCACAUCGACGGAAAAGUCGGGCCACGACCAUCAGCGUAGCAUGGGGGUGAAUGACUUGCGUCGUCUAAGGGUGAGCGGCGGCGACGAGACCAGCCGACGGCGCUCGAUGCUGCCUGCCGUGUCGAGCGAGGCGGAGCCCGAGGAGCCCUCGCAGACGGUGCGCCCCGAGCAGCAGCCGCAGCGAAACGUGGUGGUGGGUAGUGGCAGGCGGCGCCAAGAGUCGCCCGGGAAGAAGCGGACUGAUUCGGGUGUUGGACAGCUGAGCGGGACGUCGAGCGAGGUGAGCGAGUAG